AUGUAUUAUCCGUACGAAUACUUGUGGUAUCACGAUUUGAGACGCUGGACAUAUGCUGAGGAUGAUCACUUGAUCUAUCUACGUACUCGUCAUUACGAUGUACGUUUCAAUACAACCUGGCGAGACGUGAAGUUAUUUAAUCUUAAUUGGUGGCAAGAUAUUGCCAACGACGCAGUGUUUCGACGUCGAAACAAAGAUGUUUACGACUGUUACGACAGGUUUUGUAAAUUGGUCGAUAAAUUCAUGGAACUUCGCGUGAUGGACCGAAAAGAGAGACCCUACUGGGAGCAUUAUAAAAUGCUUCGGUGGUUUUUUCAUGACUGCCGUAACAAGUUCCCCGACAAUUAA